CCUAGUCCUCCGGGCGCUCUGGGGCGGGCUCCUCGUCUGCCCCGGGCUCGGGCCGGGCCGCAGCCCCCGGCAGCGCUCUCGGAGCCCCGGCGCCGGCCGGGCGGACGCCGCUGCCCUCAUGGCGGCCAUCACAGCGCUGCAGCAGUGGUGCCGGCAGCAGUGCGAGGGCUACCGGGACGUGAGCAUCACCAACAUGACCACGUCGUUCCGCGACGGCCUGGCCUUCUGCGCCAUCCUGCACCGCCACCGGCCCGACCUCAUAAACUUCGAUGCCCUCAGGAAGGAAAACAUUUACGAGAACAACAAACUGGCCUUCCGUGUGGCUGAGGAGCAGCUGGGCAUCCCGGCCUUGCUGGACGCCGAGGACAUGGUGGCCCUGAAGGUGCCCGACCGGCUGAGCAUCCUGACCUACGUGUCCCAGUACUACAACUACUUCCACGGGCGCUCCCCCAUUGGGGGCAUGGCCGGUGUGAAGAGGCCCCUGUCGGACGCCAGUGAGGAACCGUCUGGAAAGAAGGCCCCGUCCCAACCUGCCAGACCCUCGCCCACCCCAGCCCGGGGGCAGCCGCUGUCUCCGGUCAGCACAAACCCCACCGUCCAGCAGAAGGCUGGCCAGGCUGCGGUCGGCUCUGGCAGCAGCACCUGUGGCGUCUGCGGGCAGCACGUGCACCUCGUGCAGCGGCACUUGGCAGAUGGGAGGCUGUACCACCGGAGCUGCUUCAGGUGUAAGCAGCGCUCCGACACGCUGCACUCGGGGGCCUACACGGCCACAGCAGAGCCCGGCGUCUUCGUCUGCUCCGGCCACCACCCUGGAACCGCCUCUGCUGGCCCCACGUUGCCGGGCUUGACCCCCAGGUGGCCUGGAGCCCUGUCCGUGGACUCCCCGAAGAAGGCCCAGGAGGCGAGUGGGCAGAGAGACGCAGGGCCAAAGGCCAGGCCACCCGCGUGGGAGCCCGCGGUGGGCAGCCCGACUGCCAAAGGUUCCCCUCCGGCCGCAGCUGACCCUCCGGCCACCACCUGCCCCCACGUCCACGCGGGGAGCCCAGCCGGGGCCAGGCUCUCGGUGGGCCCCGUGGGUGGCAAGGCCAGCACCCACGUGACCAACAGCUCUCCGACGGGGUGGUCGUCGCCGGCAGGCAGCCCUCGUUCCGCCGUGACCCUGAGUGCCCGGGACUCUCGCCCGGCCACACCACAAGGCCGGGUAACCCCCCGAGGGGCGGCCCCUCAGACCAAGCUCAGCUCAAGGCCAGCGUCUCCGGUCCCAGCGAGCGCCCCGGCCUGGACCCCAUCGUCCUGCAGGACGCAGCAGGCCCGGGAGAGGUUCUUCCAGACGCCUGGAGCCGCCCCCCGCCCUGGCCCGGCUGGCGGGGCCCCAGCUGCCGCAGACGCUCCUUCCAGGGCGGGCAGCAGGGAGCAGGCGCUGAGCUUCCUCCGGAAGGCCCUCCCCGAGCUGGGGGCGGCUGGCGCUCAGGCGCCCGGCAGAGGCCCAAAGUCGGAACUCCAGGUUUGGGCAGGGCCGCUCCGUCCGCAGGCUCGCGGGGGCUCCCCUUCUGCCUCUUCCAGCUCCUGGGGGCGCCCGCGGCCCUCGACUCUGUCUCCUCUGUCUUCACGGCCUCCUCUCUGUGCGUCUGUCCUCUCCUUUUCGCGCUUGUUUUCGGUGUCGGGGCCCCCCCAGUCCAGGAUGACCUCGUCCCAACUUGAUUUUACCGGCCAGGAGCCUGCUUCCACGCCCUCCCCCGCCACCGGCCCUGCUCCUGGUUCCCACGCCGGAUCCGAAGGGCCAGCAGCAAGUCCGUCAGCCAAGCGGUUCCCGUCGGCGUCUCUGCAGGCCCUCAGCCCCGCUGCGAGGACCGCGCCGCCCCGGGCGGGCAGGAGAGGCUCGGCUGCACCCUCAGGGGCCGUUGGGGCGGGCGCCGGCUCCAGGCCGGAGCCGCAGGCCCCGCGGGCCGAGGCCUCGAGUGCCAGCCCCCAGGAGGGCCAGGAGGACGGGCCGGCGGGAUGGAGGGCCCGCCUGAAGCCCGUGGAGAAGAAAAGCCCCGCUGAGAGGGCUCUGGAGCCGAAGGAGCCUCAGGUCCUGGGAGAGCCGAGGGCGGGUGAUGCACCCUGGAAGGUGUCUGGGCGCUCCGAGGGGGGUGUCUGCAUCACCCUGACCCCUGUGCGAGUGGACAGGACACCAGGCCCGGCUGGGGCCAGCCUCCUAGCUGCAUCUCCCUCCCCGUCCCAGUCCCGCCACAGGAAGCUGGUGGUCCCUGCCAGCCUGGACGUUUCUGGCAACUGGCUUCAGCUGGAGCCCUCGGGGAAGGAAGCCCCUGCCUGGAGCCGGAGGAAGGAGGAGAAAGCCCCUCCCCAGGGCGAACCAGGGAGGCCCUCGGGCCCGGCCGGCAUCCCUGUUCCGCCUGGCGAGGCAGUGCGCUCCCCGGGCAGGCUGCACCCUGACCACGUGCCCCAGGAGGAGAUCCAGCAGCAGGUGCAGGACAUCGAGAGGCAGCUGGACGCCCUGGAGCUCCGGGGUGUGGAGCUGGAGAAGCGCCUGCGUGCGGCCGAGGAGGACGCCUCGGAGGACGCCCUCAUGGUGGACUGGUUCCGGCUCAUCCACGAGAAGCAGCUGCUGCUGAGGCUGGAGUCCGAGCUGAUGUACAAGGCCAGGGACCAGCGCCUGGAGGAACAGCAGCUGGACAUCGAGGGGGAGCUGCGCCGGCUGAUGGCCAAGCCGGAGGGUCUGAAGUCCCCCCAGGACCGGCAGCGAGAGCAGGACCUGCUGAACCAGUAUGUGAACACCGUCAACGACCGCAGUGACAUCAUCGACUUCCUGGAUGAGGACCGGCUCAGGGAGCAGGAGGAGGACGAGAUGCUGCAGAACAUGAUCCGGAAGCUGGACCUGCAGAGGGGUGGUGGGGACCAGAGGAAGAAGCCCAGGUUCCGCUUGUCCAGCCUCUGGCCCGUGAAGACUAAAAGCAGGAACCCCGAGUAGCCGCCUGGCGGGGCCCCAGGACCCCCGCGGGGUGCGGCAGGGCUGUGGGCGGCGGGGCCUGCAGCGCCCUCUCUGGGGGGGCUGGGCAGCCUCAAUAAACAAACUGACCAUGCGGCCCGGCUUCCCUCUCCCAUCUGGUCACGCGCUCCUGGGCAGCCCGGGGGGCUUGGCCACGUUCCGUUUCUGCUCCGGCGCGGAUGUGCCCGUGGCCUUGAGAAGACGCUGACCCUCUGGGCUGGGCUCGGGCCCUCUGAGGCGGGCAUUUUAGCCACUUCCUGACCUGGCUGCAUGGACAGGCUGGGCAUGAGCCUUACAGGAA